AUGAACACAAUUCAAGCUAGAUUUAAACAACACUAUACACAGUGGAAUGAUGCACAAGUAGCAACUUUUGUACACAGUUAUGUAAAAAAAUCGUUGACGAGUAUUAGACAUAACCUACUGUUUUCUCAGCGUGAGCAAACUUGUAAAUCAUUAAAAUAUUGGCGUAAUGAAUCAAUAAACCAUUGCUUAAAAUGAAAAUGUUGUGUUAUAUUUCUGUUGGUCUCCAGAUAUACCCCUAUAAAAGGAAUGACACCUGUAGUUUUCACAUCAGUUGGUCUUCUUGUCUCAGUGAGCAACGUGGCUCAAUUCAAAUGUCCAUGCAGUAUCAUGAUCAUGGGCCCCAGCUAAUGUGGAAAAACCACGUUCACCAGACAGUUUAUUAAAUAUGCAAAUGUUUUGUUUGAAAGACCAGUCCAUAAAAUCGUGUACUGUUACGGACAGUGACAAGAGUGCUAUCAAGACAUGGCGUCACAAAUUACGUUUGUGGAGGGUAUUCCUGAAGAUAUUCCUGCAUUAUUUCCAUUGCAUUGUCAUCCAGGAAUACUCGUGUUAGAUGAUUUUAUGAGAAACUGUAGUGAGGACGAACAUAUCCUGGAUCUAUUUACAAGUGUCUCAUCAUUGUAAUGUCACUUGCCCCUAUUCGACCCAGAACCUUUUUCCACUUAGGAAAUUUUCAGAAGCAUUUCUCUCAAUGCUUAUUACAUCAUCGUUUUUAAUAAUCCUUGCGAUACACUGGGUUUAAGAACGUUGGCACAGCAAGCCUUUGCAGGACAUGUUCCUUACGUAUGGGAAAGUUUUCAAGAUGCGACAUCGCAGCCCUAUGGUUAUCUCAUGUUUGAUUUACAUCCAUGAACACCGGUCACCCUGCGAUUAUGCAGCAACAUCCUACCUGAAUCACAAUCUUACCCUGCGGUUUACAUCAACAAGAAACGCAUAAAACAGACAGCCCUCUGACUGUUGACGUUAGUUAGCAACAUGCCUGUGUGUAAGUGACGUCGCUCAGUAAAGUCAAGAAUUGCAAAUCAACGUGGUGGUACUAUGGUCUUACGUUCUGGUACUAUAACCCAGACAAAACGGGUAAGAGGAAAGCAAGCAAAUGCAAAAGCAAUCCAAACUCCGACAACAUUUGCCUUUCCUUUGUGCAUGUUUUAAAAGUAAUGAAAAGCAGCAAAAAGAUAUGAUAACUCAUGCUAACAUAGGAUAAAUGGAAGCUAUUGGGGAAGUGGCUCUGAAUCUCCUUAAGGGCAACAUCAUAGUACCUACUUCAUCAUUUAAACGACUGAAACCACACAAGUCAAAGCUCCUCUAUUUGGCUUGCAAGAAACCGAGCCUUAAAAAGAAGAAGGAAGCGCUUAAUCAAAAAGGAGGAUUUUUAUCAGCUCUCGCUGCACUGGUUGCCCCCCUUACUGUUGAUUUACUGGGUAAAGUGUUCAUACCCGAGCAUUUAUUACAAAGUCUGGAGACAGAACGAAGUUUAACUACUCCUGCGCAGCAUCCAACACUGACAAGAUUAGACCAAGACAUGAAGCAAAUCAUAGAGUGUCCUUUACCAGAAGACCAAAAAGUGUUUUUACUGGAUUGGUUACUACAGAGGAAUCAAGGAUUAACCAACCAAAUGAAAACGGAGACCACGAUAAAACCAACCAUGGUCCUUCCCAAAGCAGAUCCUUUGCCUACCACAGAUACAAGUGGGAAAAAUGAUGUAUGCACACCUAAAGAAACUUCUACAAACCCAGAUCUCGAUACUUUGAAAUCAAAGUCAACUAAAGCACCUAGAAAAUUGUCCGCAACACCUCAAACACGAGAGUAAAAAAAAUGACGUCUCUUGUUUCACCAGAGGAAAUGUCACUUCCUUUGAUGUCAGACACUCCACCUGAUUCUGCACGCAAAUCAUCUAGACGGAAACCGAAAACAACUAUAGUGGCAAGAUUACGAAGCAAUAGACAAUGGGAACCUUGUUAAUCCUGACAAACUGGUUGUACGUGAGUGACACCUUAAAAGGAGAGAAACAAGGUUUUCAUUUCACUUAUCUUGAGCUUAACUUUGCACCAUGGUACCCAAUAUCAAUGAAGAUCACAUUAACUAUGGUGCAGAAGUAAACGAUGAAAGGACAAAAGAGGCCUACUGGAUAUGCUUAGCAUUUUUAAUCUACGAUGAUCUGAAGAAAAAGAAUCCAACAUCAGUACAAGACAAUCAGACGUUGUCGUCAAAUCUAGAUUUUGCGUUUACAGAUCUCAGUCAAUAUGAGUCGCGUGGUUACUGGUUAUGGCAUGAUUUGCUAGACAUACUGGAUUUACUGGCACCGUAUGAGCAAGACUGGCUUGAUUAUCCACAGCAGGAAAGAGAACGCAUUGAAAGAGCUAUUUUGCAUCUUAAUGAAUUUUGUAAAACCUGUUGGUACUGGUUAGGCUUGUUAAUCAAUCGUAUUGACAAAGUUGACAGGUUUUAA